AUGAGUUUUACGGGUUCAUUAGCGCUGGCUGGUAUUGGUGGUUUAGUGUACAAGUUUGGUGGGGGCCAAUCGUAUGAGAAACUGCCAUAUGUAAAUACCCCAUUCAAUCAGUACUUGGAUAAAGUUUACAAAAAGCAUCUCAACAAAGUUAUGAGCCGUACUAGGUACGUGCUAAUGAACUUUUUCAAGGACGCAUUCACAGGAGGUGCGUUCAUGUACCCGUUCAAGGGUUUUUUGGAGUUCAACACCAAUAAGAGCAGUUAUUCAACCACUAUGCUCGGAAUAUUAUCGGGUUACUUGAUAAUGUUUGCUCUAGUGAGCUUUGUCUACUGGGCUACGAUUACACCAAUGUACACGGCCUUUUUGAUUGUGUUGGGUCCUAUUGGGCUUUUCAUUGCUAUUUUUCAUUCAUUUUUACAAGCAAAUGUUUUUACUUUAUUGUUUAUGAGACUCAGUCAUUUUAACAACCAUUUGGUGGAGGUGUGCUUAGAAAAGAAUGGUUUAGAGGAGGACUUUAGUGAUAAGAAACCAAUCAAGUACUACGUGCCCAUCAACUCGAUCUACUUCUGGGCUUAUUAUUUCCCAUUCAAAUUGGUCAAGUACAUGUUGGGCCUAGCAGUUCUUUCCGUACUCUUGGUUAUAUCUUUUUUUCCACUAGUCGGACCCAUUCUUUUCCAUAUUUUGAUUUCUCCCUUCAUUACUCAAAUUUACUUCACCAAAGUUUUACGUUUACAAAAUUUCGACAACAUACAAAGACGUGAGAAUAUCUAUCUCCACGCUGGUCAAUAUGCCUCGUUUGGUUUCCUGGCAGGUUUGAUCGAGUCUGUUCCCAUUUUAGCGGGGUUUGCCAUUUCCACGAAUACUAUUGGUAGCGUUUUAUUUAACCUUGAUCAUCCAAUGAUUCCCGAAACUGUGGUUGAAACUCAAGUUGAAAUUGAAGCAGUACCACAGGAGACCAAUGAGCAAGUGAAUCAAUAA